CCUUAAUUGGCUUUGAACAAGUCAUUUCUUCAAGAUAUACAAACAUACUACAUAUAUACAUUUGAGAAUAUUAAGCAGAUAUAAUGAAAGAUAUGCCGCCUGGUUUUCGGUUCUACCCGACAGAAGAAGAGUUGGUUUCAUUUUAUCUUCAUCACAAGCUAGAAAUGGAGAGGAAGGAUCUGAACCGUCUUAUGGACCGGGUUAUACCCAUUGUCGACAUUUAUGAGUUCAAUCCUUGGGAUCUUCCACAGUUGUCAGUUUACCUGUGCCAUAAGGAUCCUGAGCAAUGGUUCUUCUUCAUUCCGAGGCAAGAGAGUGAGGCUCGGGGAGGAAGGCCGAAGCGGCUAACGACGACUGGGUACUGGAAAGCAACUGGAUCUCCUACUUGUGUUUAUUCGUCGGACAAUCGACCUAUCGGCGUUAAAAGGACUAUGGUUUUCUACAACGGAAGAGCUCCCAACGGUAGAAAAACCGAGUGGAAAAUGAAUGAAUACAAAGCUAUUGAAGAAGCAGCUUCGUCUAAUGCUUCCACUCCAACUUUAAGGCAUGAAUUCAGCUUGUGCCGGGUAUACAAGAAAUCAAGAUGCUUGCGGUCAUUCGACAGGCGGCCGCCGGCAGGAGGAGUGCAGAUAUCUGAGCCAUCUGCGGCAGCAGCUCAUCAAGGUCAAGCUGCUUCACAUUAUCAGAGACCUCAAAUGGAGGCAGUGAGAACCGGGAUCUCAUCUUCAGAAGAUCGUGGGAAACCAUCUCCAACUGGGGGAAACAACAACUCAUCAGCAAUGGUACUCAACUGUGAUGAAUUCUUCUGGAAUCUUGAUGGCUUCUGGGAUUCAAUGAAGUAAAAGAGAUAUUAGGGUUUUGAAGGUAGCUCCACCUGACUCUGUUUGUUACAGGUUGAGAUGAUUUAACCUAGGUUUCAAAUAAUC